UCUCACAGAGUUGGUCAGAGCCAGUGGAGGCUGUGGGUGAGCCCCUGCUCCACGUCUUUGACUGCAGACUAAACGCUGAGCCGAGGGGUUUGACGUCAGUGCAGUGCACGUUAGUUCUCGUCCCUGCUGGUCGGGGUACGAGUAGGGAGCUGGUCUCACCUAACAGAUGUGUCUGGAACACUCCAGUCUAUUUAUUCUACCAGGUGCACAUAGAUAAGCGUGAUGGAAGUAUUGGGAGGAUACAGGGUCGACAGAGAAAAGGAGCUGAGGGCUGAGGGGUAUGUGAAGGAGUUCACACGCCACUCCAACGACGUGCUGCUGAACCUGAACGAACUCCGGCACCGCAACAUCCUGACUGACACCACCCUGGUUGUCGGCAACGUGCACCUACGGGCGCACUGUGCUGUGCUUGUGGCCUGCAGUGGGUUCUUCUACUCGCUGUACACCCGCCGUGUGUUGCUUCAGGGGCGUGGUGGUAGCGGGGAGCAGCUCAUGACUGUGUCUCUCCCCAACACCUUGGACCCAUCCAGCGUCUCUCUGCUGCUCGACUUCAUGUACACAUCCCGUCUCCCUCUGACACCAAGCAUCGUCCCUGGGGUACUUGCUGUUGCAACCUACCUGCAGAUGGACCACGUGGCUGACACCUGCAGGGAGUUCAUGCAGCUGCAUUGCAGGGAGAAUAUGAGUGCAAGACACCCACGAUUGGAGCUGGACUCCAGUGUGUCUGUGGCCUCUGUGCCCCCCAAAGGAGGGGACCUGCCUCAUCCAGGAGGGGCAGGGGCAACAAAGGUCCCCGAGGAGGGUGGGGGCUCUCUCAAGCAAGGGGCUUUCCCGUCCUGCCAGCCCAGGUCAAAGGAGCUAAAAGGAGAACCUGAGUCGCCCCUCAUGGGCACCCCGACCCCAUCUCCAGACAGCCCCGCCCGCUCCAGCUGCCAACCCAACUCUCCAGCUGAGUCCAACACCUGUAACAAAAACCUUGUGAGUGAUACCAAAGCCACACCAGACCCGAAGGCCUGCAAUUGGAAAAAAUACAAGUACAUUGUCCUCAACCCUCUCUGUGCUGCGACCACAGUGAAGGAAGAGGAGAUGGAGGAAUCCCAAAGUCAAGCAUCACCCAUCGCGGACAGGAUGGGUUUGAUGCCCAAAGCCCCAGCAGAGGCGUGGUCUGGAGAAGUGCCUGGUCAGAUUGAUAGACAGGGGCAGGCCUCCUGCUACGAGGGUUCUGGCCGAGCCCCUCCCCUCAGGCCACCCCCCUCUGUGGACCCCCUGAUAGUGCCCCCCACUCACAAGGAGGAAACAGUUUCAACCUGCACCAUUCUCCCAAAACUGGACCCCACUGAUCCAGAAGCUGCCCAUCACAACCAACAUGCAAUCAAGCCUGAGAAGUACUACGUGCCCUACUGUUAUUCUGGCAACAUUCAAGGAACCAAGACUACCUGCUCAGGCGACAAACCGUACCGCUGUAAUGUGUGCGGCGCCCAAUUCAACCGACCGGCCAACCUGAAGACUCACUCCCGUAUCCACUCUGGAGAGAAACCAUACCGCUGUGACACCUGCGGCGCACGAUUUGUUCAGGUUGCCCACCUCAGGGCCCAUGUCCUGAUCCAUACAGGUGAGAAGCCUUAUCCCUGCCACACCUGUGGCACCCGCUUCCGCCACCUGCAGACUCUGAAGAGCCAUCUGCGCAUUCACACUGGAGAAAAGCCUUACACUUGUGAGAAGUGUGACCUCCACUUCCGCCACAAGAGCCAGCUGCGUCUUCACCUGCGCCAGAAACACGGCGCCGUCACCAACACCAAGAUCCGCUACAAGGUCCUGACCGAGCCCUUUCAGCCUAUACUGCAGGCCUACUGAGGAGGAUGACCUGUGGCUCACUAAUCAUGACAAACAGAAUAUCGUCUGAAUCAUUUCCUAAAUCUGUUAGAAAAUGUGAAAAAUGUGAAUGCAUUAACUUUUGAAUUGCCUCUGAUUCAGAGAGGCUUGGCAAUUUAAAAUUACAGGCACCUGCUCUUUGAAUAUGAGGCGGUAAUUUGGCAGCUUGGAUUUCACAUGUAAAGUUGGAGAAAGAGAUUUAAACCAAUGUUUAGCAUCAGCAAGUUGUUGGAUGAGGUUUGGAGUUUGAGCUAACACUUAAGCAUUAGUAAUACGAAUUGUGGAAAUUAAUUAGGAUUCCUGGGGUGGCUUUACUGAGACGGAGAUGAUGUUAAUAAAAGUGUUUUUGAAGGUUUGUGAAGGGAUGGAAAGACGCAAAGGAGACAUGGAAAAAGAAAGGAUUUAUACUUUAGGUUGUGUGGACACAGAAUUUGGAAGAAUUGUGAGUAUGUGAACUGUCUGAAAGAAAGAUAAAGCAAGUUUUAUGUAGGAGAAGGUGAUGAAUUUUGUAGUUUUUGGAAUAAAUUCAAAUUGAACAUGGGUUUGAAGCCUGGAGAAGCACUUAGUCAGUGUUAAGAUACUGAAGUUUUCUGCUCAAAUGUGUAUUUAACUCAGAUUUAUCUUUACCUUGAGGCCUGGGGCCUGUGUGUUCUCUUAAAAACUUAAGUAUGCAGUAAUAUCUGCUUUUACGGUCCAAGCAGGCAAAGGACUUAGCUGUCUUGUAGUGAACAUAAAGUACAAAAAUUAAAUAUGUUGUUUUCUGACAUGAGAAAUUUAAACAAGAUGACUGUAAGCAAUUGGAUAAUUAAUAAUAAUGUUAAAUUUGUAUGUGUAUGAGUUCAUUUGCUGGACAAAGAUGGUUUUGUACAAGUUAAAUUAAAUCCUUUUUUAUAUCAAUUGGA